CCGGCACGCUGACGUGGGCGGAUCAAAGCGGCCGGGCGCGCCUUAUAAAGCAGGUGGGAGUCUUGCAGCGCAGAUCCAGCCGGCAAGAGGGAGAGAGGCGCCGAGCAGGCAAGCGCAGGCCGGGGAUGAGCUGAGCAGAGCCGAGAGCAGCCAGAGUUCGCGCCACAGUCCCGCCGUCCUUGUCCAGCCGCUUCUACCAGAGGGCGCCGUCGCAGCUAGCCCAAGUGUGCCCCGGGGCGCUGGGGACCGCGCUUUCCGCUCCUGGGACUGACCGGAACAGAGGAGCACGCAGGGCGCGACCAGAGAACGCCCCGAGAGGUGAGCAGUGGUCACGACUUACGCUCAGCAGAGACCCGCUAGGCACGGAGCGCCGAGGCCGAGGGUGAAGGCGCUUCUCGAGCACCCGCCUCCAUCCACUAGGGGACCCGAGGAAGCAAACAAGUCCUUCAAGCCCCUCCACGGCGGCACUCCGAGGAAUCCCACUCUCCGAGUGAAACCUCGUGGGCCUGGGGAUGCGGACUGGAGAGGACGCGGAGUGGGGUGGGUUGCGCGAUGCCUGCGGCCCUCUCCGAGCUCUCCUGGCCCUGUUCCCCACCGCGGGCCUCGGACCCCCUCCCUCCCAGCCGGCGCGCAGAUGAGGUCAUGCCCGAGCCAUCCCGGGGGUGGGGGACUUGGAUCCCCAGGCCGAGGGUGUGUGUGGCGAGGCCAGAGAGGGUGGUAAAGGCAGGAACUUCGGCAGCUCCUACCAAACUGGGAGGUGGGGAGCAGACGCCUUGUUUUUUGAAUGGCUCCCAAAGGCAACGAGGGUAAGGGAGAAUCGAGUUUGUUUACAGACCUGAGCUCCAGGCUGGGGUUUGGGGUGGGAGAGUCCUGUACUUGAUCCCGCAGCACAUCUGGAGCCGCCCGGACCAUCUGGCUGAGCUCGCGCCGUUGCCCCGCACCUCCACUCCCUCCGCUCUGAGGUGCCCCGUGUCCUGCACGGUCCUUGGGAGUUCAGAUUCGAGCUCCAAUGAAGUGGAGGGAGGCUUCUGGAGUUCCCUACCCUCCCUAACCAUUUCCAAAACGCCCGGUCUCCGCGGCGACCUGGAGCGGCGUCCCCAGCCAAGCAGAUAAAUCUGAAAUACUCGAGGCUGUGGUCACAGCAAGAUUGCUGGUCAGGCCUCGCUCCGCCUCGCAGGUAACCCUGAAGCUCAGCGCCCCUGGAUCGCCGGGUCUGCUUUGAGGGCUGCGCUGCCCGAGAGGCUUCUGCACUCGCGGGCGCAGGCCUUAUGCGAGGCUAGGACCCUGCUUCCCCGCGGGGCACCCGGUCCCGGCCCAGCACUGGGGCAUCAGGGUAACUAAGGCUUUGCAAGUCUCCCCUGGCUGGGCUCGGAGAGGAGGUUGACUGAGCGGCAGGGCUCUAGAAACCUCCAUAACCCGUCUUAGGACCACCUGUUGACAGCGCGGCGCUGGCGCUGCUGCGCUCGAGCUGUCCAGCUUGUGCACGGCCUAGGGAGGCCCCUUUAACCCCCUGCUACAAGCGGGGUGACUUGGACCUAUUCCCCGGUGGAGUCGGAAGGGGUCUCUGUCCUUCCAUGGACGCUGAGCUGUUCCACGGGCCGCUGUGCGCCUGGCUCGGGGAGGCUCCGCACAGGGCCUGCAGCCAGGGGUCGGGCAGUUCAGGCAAGUGGAUGUCCUAUAGAAUGACCAGGACUGAGAGGACACACACUGCACACCGCAUCUCAUGCCCAGACUGGUACGCCCGGCGCAGGAAGAGAAGUCUUGCCUGAAGUCCCACAGUGCGAGAGGCUGCUGCUGAUCACACCUUAGCGCCCCCUGGCGGGCCAGGGGCUCCGGGAGGCGAGUGCGCGCUGACCGGCGGGGCCCAGUUGAGGGUGACCCGGCGGCCCGCUUGGCUGACCUGGACGUUCUUACAAGGGACAGGAAUAAUCCGACAGGGCCACAGGCCUAAGCCAAGAGCCGCCUCCCCCAGCGGCGAUCUGGGGCGGAGGAGGGAGAAGCCGGGCACCGCUGGGGCUGCUCCGACGGGGCAAGGAGUGUCUGGAGGCCUGGGUCUUCGUUUUCUGGGCCACCCGAGCGGCCACUCCUCUCUCUUCGAGAGUCGAGCUGGACACUGUUCCCUGCUCUAAGUCUGCGAGCCUUCUGCCGGCAGCGCCUGCCUCCUCCCCACCCAGGAACGCUCGGCGACUUGUGGGGAGCACAGUGGAGGGGGCAGUGACUGGAGUUGCCAUCUCCUAACCAGCCAACAGAUAUUUGUCUCAUUCUGAGGAGUGCGGUAAACUUCCAGGACUCGUGGGACAAAGGCUUCGUGCGCGCAGGAGCGGCGGUGGCCGUGCAGGCGGCGGGACUUCGGAGCUGCUCCUGCAGGGUGCGACCCCGAGGGCACCCGCCGCGCGACGAUGAGGGCGCGGCCGCAGGUCUGCGAGGCGCUGCUCUUCGCCCUGGCGCUCCAGACCGGCGUGUGCUAUGGCAUCAAGUGGCUGGCACUGUCCAAGACGCCAGCGGCCCUGGCACUCAACCAGACACAGCACUGCAAGCAGCUGGAGGGCCUGGUAUCGGCGCAGGUGCAGCUGUGCCGCAGCAACCUGGAGCUCAUGCACACCAUUGUGCACGCUGCCCGCGAGGUCAUGAAGGCCUGCCGCAGGGCCUUCGCCGACAUGCGCUGGAACUGCUCCUCCAUUGAGCUCGCCCCCAACUACCUGCUUGACCUGGAGAGAGGGACCCGGGAGUCAGCCUUCGUGUAUGCGCUGUCGGCUGCCACCAUCAGCCACUCCAUCGCCCGGGCCUGCACCUCUGGCGACCUGCCCGGCUGCUCCUGCGGCCCUGUGCCAGGUGAGCCACCUGGGCCCGGGAACCGCUGGGGAGGAUGUGCGGACAACCUCAGCUACGGGCUCCUCAUGGGGGCCAAGUUUUCCGAUGCUCCUAUGAAGGUGAAAAAAACAGGAUCCCAAGCCAAUAAACUGAUGCGUCUACACAACAGUGAAGUGGGGAGACAGGCUCUGCGUGCCUCUCUGGAAGUGAAGUGUAAGUGCCAUGGAGUGUCAGGCUCCUGCUCCAUCCGCACCUGCUGGAAGGGGUUGCCAGAGCUCCGGGAUGUGGCUGCUGACCUCAAGACCCGCUACCUCUCAGCCACCAAGGUUGUGCACCGACCCAUGGGCACCCGCAAGCACCUGGUGCCCAAGGACCUGGAUAUCCGGCCUGUAAAGGACUCAGAACUUGUUUAUCUGCAGAGCUCACCUGACUUCUGCAUGAAGAACGAGAAGGUGGGAUCCCAUGGGACACAAGACAGGCAGUGCAACAAGACCUCCAACGGCAGUGACAGCUGUGACCUCAUGUGCUGCGGGCGUGGCUACAACCCCUACACGGACCGUGUGGUGGAGCGGUGCCACUGCAAAUACCAUUGGUGCUGCUACGUCACCUGCCGCAGGUGUGAGCGCACAGUGGAGCGCUAUGUCUGCAAGUGAGGGUGCGACCUCCAGCACACGGGCACGGACCCUGGUGAGGACCCUUGGUGGGGCCAGCAGACACCUCCUGGACCUUUCUUUGCAAAUACCUGAUGCCAGGCAUGUGUGGCAGGCAGCUAGAAGUUUGCCCCUUGGAAGCUACUGGGGACAGAAAGCCUGGUCACUCUGGAAGGAGAGCCGGACAUCAAAGGAAACCGACAAGAUUAAAAAUAACCUAGCAGCUCAGGCCCUGGAGUGCCCAGGCGCGGCCUUCCAGGCUGGUCCAAGAAGCCAGGGGCAAGGAUUACGCGACUAUACGGACUUGACCUUUCAGGGCCGAGACACCGGCCUUCAGGAAUGCUCUGCAGGGCCCUCGGCCCACCACAUGGAACCACUAGCUUGAGUUGUAAAUGUUUUUUGAUUUUGUUUUUUUUUUUCUUUUUUUCCUUUGGGGUGUGGGAACUACAGAAAUAUUUAUAAAACCUAGCUUUUUCUUUGGGGUGGUUUACCUCAGUUC